UCCCCUGCUCACUGAUUAGAGGAGCAGGUUUUUGUUUUGGAGCCUAAGCGCUGUCAUUGGCAUGCAGCGCUGGACUGACCCACUUUGUGGAAGUGCCGUGUGAAUGGGUUUCUGUGAGCCGCCGAGCUGCCGGCGCUCUUCUGAGAACUGCGCACGAUGAGGGCUGGAUUAACGCCGCUUCUAUUAUCAUGUUGCCUGCUUUCUAUCCGAGCGAAGCCGUCGUCCAUGUCGUGUCCCAGCGGUCAGUUCGCGUUCAAAAGCCAGUGUGUGCUGUGUCAUCCCACCUGCGCGGAGUGUGAGGGGCACGAGCUGUUUCAGUGCACUGCCUGCGCUUUAGAUGAGGAUGGAAGGGAGCGCUUCCUCCAUCAGGGCCACUGUAGAGCCCACUGCCCUCGGGAGUUUUACCCAGAUCGAGUGCAGUACACCUGCCAGCCCUGCAUAACCAACUGUGAAAUCUGUGUGGAUGGCCAUGUCUGUGCCAAGUGCAGGGAAGGAUAUAAGCUCCAGAGUGGGCUCUGCCUGACAGCGCUGUGUGGAUCAGGCCAGGUUCAGGAUCCAGACUCAGGAGAGUGCAUUGAUUGUGAGACUGGCUGCAAGACCUGCUCUGCUGAUGAUCCGGAGUACUGUAACAACUGCGCUGAUGGCUACUUUCUCUACAGGCACCAGUGUCGCCGGCACUGCCCCCAGAGGAGCUAUGAGGACCACAGCAGGGGCCUGUGUCUGAGCUGCCCAGAGCCAUGCUUAGACUGCAGGAGUGAAACGCUGUGUCUGAUCUGCCAGUCUGGUCACUUCCUCCACAAUGGUGCCUGUGUGAAACAGUGUCCCCAGGAUACAUUUGGAGAUGCCAGAGGGUGGCGCUGUCAGCCUUGUCACACUUCUUGUCUGACCUGCCACGGUCCAGGAGUGAGAGACUGUGACAGGUGCAGUGGCUGGAACCGUCCCGUUUACGGAAAGUGCCCUAUCAUCAGCUGCCCUGAGGGCCAGUACUUUGAUAGUGUGAAUCGUGACUGCCGUUAUUGCGAUGUAUCCUGCAGGGCAUGCUAUGGGCCAAAGGCGCAAAACUGCUACAGCUGUGCUGCUGGGUACAUGUUGGAGCAGCAGGAUGCAGUGUGUGUACAACACUGUCCAACAGGGUUCUAUGCUAACAGCUCAAGCCAGCAGUGUGAGAGGUGCUCAGCAAACUGUGUAGUGUGUGAGAGCGGAGAUAAGUGUGUCAGCUGUAAGACUGGAAUCUAUCAGCUCUUUCUCUUCCAGGGCAGCUGCUGGUCAGAGUGCCCAGAUGGUUAUUUUGAGACGGAGGAUGGGACGUGUGAGCCUUGUGAUGACCUCUGCUUGACCUGUGAUGGGAGUAGGUCGCAGUGCCUGGUGUGCAGAGAGGGUCUCUUCUUGGAGAAUGGCAUCUGUAAACAGAAUUGCUCUCUCAGGAUGUACUCUUCUGAGGACGGUACCUGCCGACGCUGCGGCCCUCACUGUGAAAUCUGCACAGAUAACAAUACAUGCUCCAGGUGUAGUUUUCUCUACCUGCUCUUGAACGGCAUGUGUAAAGCCAGUUGUUCAGAGGGUUACUUUGAGGACUUGGAUCAGGGCCUGUGUGUUCGCUGCCAUGAGUCAUGUGCCACAUGCUCUGGCCCUCUCCCAGAUGAUUGUGAGAGCUGCUCUGCUCUUGCUCCAAAGCUAUAUGAGGGCACAUGCUCAGAGGACUGCCCAGCAGGCACCUACUACCAAACCUCCAGCAUGGAAUGCCAAGAAUGUCACCAGACCUGUGCUCGGUGUGUGGGCCCAGAGCCUACACAGUGCUCACAGUGUGAAAAAGGCCUGGCACUGGACCCCAACACCGUGAUGUGUGGCGUGACAGGAGACUCCAACUGCCCACCCAGAACCUUUCUCCAUGACAACCAGUUCACAUGCCAGGCGUGCCAUCGCCACUGCCAGUCCUGUGAGGGACCAGGUCCUGCAGACUGCCAGACGUGCACCCUGCCCCGAUACCUCCACAAUAGCUCAUGUGUGACGAAUUGCCCGGAUGGCACCUAUAGCGCUGAUGAGGAAGCUGAUGGGCUUGAGUUGGGUUUCUGUAUGCCUUGUGAUCAUGUGUGUGCCACAUGCUCUGGAGCUUCUCAUAAAGACUGUCUGAGCUGCUCUCCGGGCUACCUGUACCUACUCUCUCAUCUCUGCGUUACCCACUGUCCCACAGGGUAUUACAGUACAGACGAGCAUUGUGAGAAAUGUGACCAGUCAUGUGAGCUGUGCUCAGGUCCGGGUCCAGAAGCCUGCAGGGUGUGUGUUCCUCCUCUUCUGGAGCUGCAGGACACCAAACUGUGUGUUGAGCACUGCCCCCAACGCUUCUAUCAGAGUGGACACAGCUGCAGGCAGUGCCACACCAGCUGCCAGACCUGCACAGAUAACACGCCUCAGGGCUGUGUGACUUGUGACUGGGGCAGCGUCCUGCAGGAUGGAGUGUGUUAUCCGUACUGUGAAGAAAGCCGUUACUUCUCUCAGAGUGAGAUGUGUGAGCCCUGUGAUGACUCCUGUAAGCACUGUGCCAGUGCUGGACCGGAGAGCUGUCUGACCUGCCACACAGGUUUUGGUCUUCUUGCUGUGGCUGGCCGAUGUUUACCCUGCUGCCAGCCUGAGGAGACGGCCAGAAACUGCUGCUUCUGUGACUCUGCUUCAGCACUGUGUUUGGAGGCUCCUGUGCGAGCAGGCAUUCAGGUUGAAGAUGAUGAGAUGAAUCUGAAGUCUCAGGCAUUUCAGCACUCCUCUGCGGCUCUGCCUGCAUCUCUCAUCCUGGCUGUAAUUUUGGCACUGGUCGUGUUUGCUCUGGUGAGGGCUCGUGCCAGGAAGAGGCUGUGCUGGAGGCGGAGCUAUGAGAGACUGAGAGGGGCUGCCAGGCCGGACCCCCGGCCCAUGCCCCACGGCGUCCCUGAGCCAGAGGACAGCGGGGACGAGGCAGACGUGGUGUACACCUGCCGGGAUGGAUCCGUCUACCGCCGCUGCAGCUUCAUCCAUGAGCCUGACACAGAGGAAGAGGAGGGUGAGGAAGAGGAGGAGGCCAAUGAGAACACACAUCUCAACAAAGCCUAGUGGGAGCUCACACACUGAAAUACUGCUGGCUCUCAUUACAAGACUGCACUUGAGACAAAACAGCCUGGAUUGAAAAAUGGACACUUUUUAAAAAUCCCCAUCAAUCCAAACUGUAAUCUUUAUUGCUUUUUUGUAUUCUUAAUUCACAUUUGUAGACAAGUGCUUUUUAUAAGCAGAAUAUAGAUACUUUUAUUGUAGCAUAUCUAGUGCAUGUACGGCAGUUGUAGUUGGUUUUAACACAGUGUAGAUUGGAAUAUAAAUAUUAUAUUUUGUAAAUAAAGAACUGUAUUCAAUUAAUUAUAUUAAGCAAUGCUGUUCUUUAUGCAUAUUUUGAGAAUCUAUUGAUGUAAAGACAGUGAAUUCCAGCUAACAAAUUGCAUAGCACUCUUUGGAGGUUUGUGUUUAUUUUUCUUGUGUGAAAUGUAUGUAAUUAUCAUUGAUUAGUUUCCUUUAAAAACUGUUUCUUAAAAGAAAUAGGUUUGUAAAAUAUCAGUUAAAGGGCCAGUUUCCCUCAUAUUUGUUUUAUUCAGUUUUUUGUAUUCAGUCCACUUAUUUGUGUGUUUCUAUGUACCAAAAACAGUUAGAAUUAUUUUUUAGUUAAUCAUAUUCCAACAUUCCUUUGUCCCUAUACCUAUUUAUGUAUUUGCCAUAUUACCCAUUCUACCAAACUUGUUGAAACUUACUAAAACGUUUGAAAACCUUUUUUAAAAAUGCUCAUCCACGUUUUCAUGUCCCUACUGAAACAGAGUUUUACUCUAUAGGUGGAGAUUUGUUUUAGCCAUACACCUGCAUUUUAGAGUAGUCUGCAUCCUUGGCACUCAUGGCCACAUAGUCAGCAGUUAGAUCUCUUUUUUUUUAAGUGAAUAUGUCCCAAAUUCUGGAAAUUAGUGCGUAACAUUAAGAACUGUCACUACUAUACAAAAUUUUUGCAGCUAUGUUUUAAUGAAAAAUAUGAUUUUAUAUGUGCGCAACUGCUGUGGCACUGGCUAGUGUUUUGGAGAUACAAAAAUAGCUUAAAUUGUUACUACCAAAACAUUUGUAGUGUUACAGUAUUUUGUUAGUGACAAAAUGGAAUGUUCAGUCAUAUGUUUUAAUAAAAUCAAAGCACUUUAAGCAAAAGGAUUCUGGUCUAAAGUCCAAGUUGCAAGUCCAAAAUGUGUUUUCACCCCUGGCUGCCUUGAACCAGUUCGGUAAAAUGAUCCAUAUGUGUAAAUGUCCUCUGUUCUGAGUGGCCACCUUGUAUUGUGCAGUCCAGACUGACCCUUAAACAUGAAUGUGCACACUAAAUUGCUGUGGGUUGAAUAGGCAGACAUAAUUAUCUCAUGACAUCACAAACACAUUAAUUCAAAACAACUGUUAUUACAGAAUAGUUUAUGUAUAUAGACUGUAUGUACUGGGAAGUGAAUGGUAUAUUUGAUACAAUGUUUACAUGCUACAUCAAACUUUUAUAUCAUCACUGUCCAAAGAAAAUCAUGUAUCUCAGUUUUUGUCGAUUUUUAGAUUUGUACAUCAUUUCAACACAUCAUCUGUUCUUUAUGCUGUGUAAAAAUUUCAUGAUGAAUGCACCAAUAGAAGUUCUCUAAAAUCACCUGGAAUAAAAUCUCUGUACAUUGACUUACAUUGAAAGGUAAGAGUGUUUUGCCCUCUCUUGUAAAAUGACUGUUUUGGAGAUACUUGUUUUUCUUUGGACAUCGACAAUAUUUAAAAAGUGUUGAAUUUGUUGUCCUUUAAUAUUUUGUAAUAUAGUAGAAACAAAAUACAGCUGCAUGACUACCUACUGUAA